CCUCGUUUUACUGGUACCAGACAACAUCAACUUAGAAGACUAGGCCAUUGCGCGAACGCGCCAAAACGGACAAAAGAGCUGCAAACUCGAAGAAGAGGUUGUGAAAUCAUUGAUCUGUCGGAUGAGACAUGGAGGCGGAGAUGCAAGAACCCUACGACCCCUCCACCGACCCCGAGGAACAAAAACUCAUCAUAUCAGUCCUAGACUCCUUCCGCUCAUACCGCCGCCUCGCUCACUACAACGGAACACACCUCCGCCGACGCGCCUUCUACUCCCUACCUCAAGCCCACUGGACACUGCUAUCCCGCCCACCCUUCUCUCUCCUGUCAACGCUCUCUCAAGUCGAUGACUUAAUCGACAGCAAUGCUGAACUCGCCGAGGCCAUCUUUGCCGCCGGCUUUAAAGCAUUCUUAGCACCCAAUUUAGACAGCGACUGGGUGGCUUCGAUAGUGCCAGAGAAGUAUGCAAAUGAUGAGUACAAGAUCUUCAACAUCGUAAUGGACGAGCUAGGAGUAAAGACCAGCCAAGGUGACGCUGAGAAAGCGCGAAGUUGCGUCAAUCAGUUCUGGAGAGAGUGGAGUGAAGAGGGCGCAUUGGAGAGGACCAAGUGCUUCGAUCCUGUUGUGGCGGCGCUAGAGCAGGAAUUCACGUCACGCACUGGCACAGUUUCAGAUUCAGAUCGCGCAAAUCUCAAAGUCUUGGUCCCAGGUGUUGGACUUGGGCGUUUAGUCUUCGAUAUCUGCAGUGCUGGUUUCAGCGUGGAGGGGAAUGAGAUCUCGUACCAUAUGCUCAUGGCAAGCGCGUUAGUCUUGAACGAGACCAAAGGAGCUGGGCAGUUCAAGAUCGCUCCUUGGACACUGAACAGCUCGAAUCACGUCUCUCGGGAAGAUCAACUGAGAACGGUCACUGUGCCGGAUGUACAUCCAGCGACAGAGCUGGCGAAAGAGGGGCCUUCACAAGUGCCGGCAAGUGAGCGAAUGAGUAUGUCAACGGGCGACUUCUGCGUCGUCUAUAGCCUGGAGGAUUACGCAGGAGAGUUCGAUGCGGUAGCAACCGUCUUCUUCAUUGACACUGCACCGAACAUUAUCCGGUACAUCGAGGCUGUUCACAACUGUCUAAAGUCCGGCGGUCUCUGGAUCAACCUUGGCCCUUUACUAUGGCAUGCGCCACCGCGGAGAGACGAAGGUGAAGACGAGGCAACAGAGGAUGAAAGGAGACGAGCCGAUGUCGAUGCGGGAAUCGGGGAUCCUGGCUCGGUGGAACUCACAAACGACGAAGUCGUAGCACUGGUCGAGCACUUUGGUUUUGUGAUGGAGAGGCAGGAGCAUGGGACGAUUGAGACAGGUUAUAUAUCCAACACGCGUAGUAUGCUGCAGUCUACAUAUCGUCCUUCUUUCUGGAUAGCAAGGAAGAAGUAAUGGAACAUAUAUGCCCGUGCAUCACACAGUCUUGAAUACUGUUCCACUCACGCUUCUCUUCACGGUGUCAAAAUUUUCGAUGUUAUGCGGGUAGGCACAGCUUCAGUUAUAGCGAUUGUAUUGUAAAUUGAUCGUUCAUGAAAAGUGGCAAAGUAAAGCACGAAGAAGGGGAGAA